AUGAACACCAUCUCCCUCGUCCUCAACGGCCGCACCGCCGCCGACAUCCGCCUGCUCCCAGAAAAACAACGCGCGAGCAUAACCACCCUCCCACCGUCCCGCCGCCCCUUCUUCGCCCACGCCCGCACCAUGUCCUCCUCCUCCACAAUCUCCACCAUCACGUCCCCCUCCCUCUCCUCCGGAACCUCCACGCCGCGCCGCCCAGGCAGCUCAUCCUCGCGGACCAGCACGCCCGGCUCCGGGUGGUAUAACACGGAGAAUAACCCGACGUUAGACGAUUAUGCGCGGCAGUUGAGCACGGUCAGCAAGAAGAUUGAGAUUUGGCAGGGGAAGUGUGCGCAGAAUGUGGUCAUGGCGUUGAUGCGGCCGACGCCGAUUGUGUUGUUUGCGCUGAAUCCGAUUUGUUUGAUUUUGUAUGUGCUUGUUGGGGUGUGGUGGAUGGCGAGGGGUGGUGGGAAGGAGAGUGGGGAGGUGGUGCCUUGA